AUGACCGAAGUAGGCCGCCACUUUUCCAAUCCUCUUCCAUGCCCGGCACAGACCAACAGACCCCAAGAAUCUACCCCCGAAGAACUUUGGAAGCACCUUCCACCGUAUGAGGCGCAAUCCGAGGAGGACUUUGGUCCCAUCAAGUGGCGUGGAAAGUGCUUCUGUGGGAAGGUCGCUUAUCUCUUGAAGCGGGAGAAGCCACUCAAUGCCAAAUACUGCCAUUGUCGUGUAUGCCAGGUUACCCACGGAGCUCCUCUUCAGUGGGCGGCUAUUUUCCACAAGGAUGACAUGUCAUUCACCAGUGGCACUAGCAGUCUGGUAUUUUAUUCGUCUACACAUCAAAAUCAAAAACACAUGUUGCCUACCAAGGUGUCUUGUGCCAAUUGCCGGACACUGAUCAUGGACGAAGGGCGGAAUAUGUGUUUGAUAUUCCCUCAAUUGAUCGAGAUCGAGGGAUCCAGUGAGGAACAAAGAGAGAAGAGGGAGCUUUUUAAGCCAACGUGUCAUAUCUUUUAUGAGUCACGCAUGCUAGACUUUCACGACGGUCUCCCCAAGUGGAGUGGAAUGGAGCAUCACAGUGACCGGAUGGACGACGACGGUAAUCGGAUCGUCGAGCAAUGA